AUGAUUUCUGAGACGAAUUAUAUGGAGCUGAUGCGAAAUUGCGUGAAAUGGAACACGAGAACGAUGGAGGAACGCAAGAAACGGUGAGGAUACUUGGGAAAUUGAUAGGGGUGUAGAAAAUAUUAACGAAAACAAAUAAUGUUGGCAAAAAUUGUUUCGAUGGAAAAAAUAUAGUUUUUUUUGAAAUUAGCCGAAUUGAAAUUUUUGUCAAAAAACUUUUUUUAUCGACCUGAAUCACCCCAUAAUUGAAUACAUGUAAUUUUACCAAUAUUUGUGUUUCAGGCUUCGUUAUCCAUACUACGAUCAUCAAACUGCAACAGCACAACGAGAAUGUCGUUUUACCACUCGAACUGUUGAUCAUAUUUACCCGAGUGCUGAUAAAAACACAGUUCUUCAGUUUGAAAGUGAACGAUGGCGCAAACGCAAGGAUAUUCCACCAUCAGAUGCGUUGGAAGUGAAAAUGUUUUUGCGCGAUAAUCCGGCACUUGAUUCAGCGGUUAAUCAAACAAUUCCCCAGCCACCAACCACUUUUGGUGAGUAUUUAUCAUUUUAUUUUUGAAAUGAAAACAAACAUUGGAUGGAAACCUCAACUGAUUUUGAAUUUUUAGAGCAAACUUCUGAUAAUUCAAAUGAUUCAAUAAAUGUGAAAGAGCGACCAAGUCGACAACAAAUAAAAGAAGAAUAUCGAGAAGAUUAUGUGUUGGAUGAUGAUGGCUCACCAGAAGAAAACUUUUCCGAUGAGGAUGAUUGGUCAACUCGAAAACGUCGUCGAACAACUGGCGGAGUGCCAAAAAGCGCGCCAGGCCGAAAAAAGGUAUCCACCCGGAAUCCCAACUAUUCCUACUCGACCCCAACAAAUCGUGGUGUUCAACCACUUGCACCGUCUUCUCAGCCAUUAAUCGGGCGCCCACCAAAAAACCACGCACAUCCACCGCCACCAAGAGCACCAUCAUCAUCCGAUUCGGACGAGAAACGACAUGCCUGUGAUAGUAAGUGAUUUCGUCGACAAAAAAUCAUCUCUCGAAGCUCACACACCAGCUACCAAAUUGACAUUUUGCCCCACCUUCUCUCACUUGAAUUAUUGAGCGAGAGGGAUGAUGCGCGAAAUCACUGAAAACACACACAAAACAGUCGUUUUUUGAAUCAUGUUGUAGUUUUGUUCUUGGUAGCUGGUGUGGUACUAAAAUUGAAAAAGAAAUACUUAUUCUAGAAAUUCUGGAGUAUUUACCGAAUUUUUGAGAUUUUUUUGAUAAAUAAAAACUGCUCUAGUGGUUUUUGAGCCCUAGAAUUUCUGGAUUUUUUUUCUUGAGAUUCCGAAAAUUUUCAUUCUCUAAACCUCCACCAUUUCUUUUAGCUCAAUUCUUAAAACACUGUGUUUUUUUUUCAGAAUGCAGCGCGAAAUACAAGAGCCUCGCGGGUCUAAGCUAUCAUUUAUCCUAUUCACACGAUAUCGCUUCUUCACAUCCUACUCAUAAACGUAAGUGCUGCGAGUUUUGAAAAAUCCCUAAAAACCCCUGUUUUUUUUGCAGUUUUAUCCCCAAAUAUCGAAAUUUCCGACUUUUGUGAUUUGUGUCUUGGCAACGCCUAUAUGAAUAAAACAUCGAAACAACCCGAAGAUUUGGUGACAUGUCAUGAUUGUGGUCGAUCUGGUCAUCCGUCUUGUCUAUCGUUCAAUAAAAAUGUGACUGUAAUUAUAAAUCGAUACGGGUGGCAGUGUAUUGAAUGUAAAAGUUGUACGAUUUGUGGAACGUCUGAAAAUGAUGUGAGUGGUUUUUUUGGAGUGGAAUGGGAGAUUUUUGCCAAGAGAACAAAUUUCUGAAAAUUAGGGUUUUGAAUAGAAAAUUGGGAAUUUGAAUAUAUUUUAAGAUUGGAAACUAGAAAAAAAGGUUUUCAGAGUCUGAAAGAUUUCAUUUUUUGGAUGAAAUUUUGAUUUUGAUAGUUAUAGUGUUUCUGAAGUUUUAUAAAUCACAAAACGUACUGUUUUGGUUGAAAUUAUUUUCAAAAUCAUGAAAAAGUAUAGUUUCCAUUCAAAAAUCUCUUCGUCUGAACGUUAGACAUUUUUUGUUGAUUCGAUAUUGAAAUAUCAUGCUGCCGUAAAUUCAUCUUUUUUUUCUCUAGGAUAAACUGUUAUUUUGUGAUGACUGUGAUCGCGGCUAUCAUUUGUAUUGUCUUCGUCCACAACUCGAAAAAGCCCCAGAUGACGAAUAUUCGUGUCGUCUUUGCCAAAUCGAAUUCGGUGACAAAGCAAGUGCUCCAGCUAAAAAAUAA